CCCGUGGGAGGUUGGAAUCUAGCUGGAAGCUGGAAGCGCAAACAAACCCAUCAAGACUGGAAAAGAGCUACCGGUGUAUCUUAACCAGCGGCCCGGGUGUAUAACAUCUUAGAGUCCGGAGCUUCACGAGGGGACAAAAUGUUAAAAACCUGUACUUCUAAUUUCUCUAUCCCUAGUCCAUUGCCAUGGAUGCCAUUGCGGCGUGUCUAUCCGUUCCGUUUCCUGUUUCCCGCCCUCAUGUGUACAAUGCAGGUUACAGCCAUCAUGAGCAAGUUGCCCUGCUCCAUAAUCAUCCAUCGAAAUCCCAAAAGAAAAAAAAGAAACCCAAGACGCGCCGAGAAAAAGCACGAGUACAAACAUGGUACUGUACAUGAGAACAACCAGUCCAAGUGUGUGCCCUUUGGAAGACACAGCCUCGACCUUGCCCUCUCUAAACCCUCUCUCCAUACCUGCCGCCUGUAUAUUGGGUAUAUCCUCCGUCCUCGAGUCCCAUAGACACCCUACCGUCCCUUUCCGCCACAGGGGCUUCUCGCGAGAGAUACCCACGGUCACUGUGGUACAGAUCGAUCGCCAUCUCCGGCGCCAUCAUUAGCAUUACCCAUUUCCCAUUACUCAUUAUCGUCCUCUUCUUCUUCUGCAUCGUCUUCGCCGGCUCUCUUCGUCG